CAGCCCAACCAGCUCUCCCAGUACCCACAGCACACACCCCCACCAACCCCUCUGCCCUGCUGGCCCCAGUCUCUGGGGAGCAGGGCACCGGCUGGGGAGCAACGGGACAGCCUGGGGAGUCCAGAGAAGCUCAGGCUGGUGGGGAGAUGACCCUGCAGAGCCUGGGAUCCGGGGCCCUGGCCCCUGGCGGGGGCUGCACCCCUGGAAGGGAGAGCUGGAGCCCAGGAGCCCAUAUGCAGGCAAUGGCGGAGAGCUCUCUUUACCGGGAGCGACUGGAGGUCAUUGGAGAGAAACGGCGGCUGCAGGAGGAGAUCCGCACCACGCGGAGAGAACUGGAGGAAGAGAAGCUAAGGGUGCUGCGGCUCAAGAGGAAGUUCCUGCGGGAGCGGUGGCUGAUGGCUGGGACUCCCCACCCUCCAGAGGGACCUGAGCAGGAAGCCGUCUCCCCUGUGGACCAGUCGGAGGCCCGGAUCGAGCAACUGGAAGAGAACUUGUUCACCCUUCAGGCCGAGCUGCAGUUACUCCAGAGCGCAUCCACCGGUGCCCAACCCAAAGCCUCAGGCCGGCCCACAUGGCGCAAGCUGACAGUACCCCGCUCUCUUUCCCAAGCUGCCAUGGAAACCACCCCUGCAGAUAAGGAAGAAGUUGAGAAAAGGGCAUCUCUGCCCGCCACACCCGUAGGCAAGGCUCCAGAGCCUUCUGUGCCACAGACAGCUCAGCGUCCCAGGGAGCUCGGGGGAGAGGUGGGUGGAGGCACCUCACCCCUGAAGGAGUGGGGAGCUGCUGAUGGUAGUUCCUCAGAGCCCAAUGGUCCCUGCCCAUUGCCCAGCCCCACUAAAACAGGGCCGGACCAGAAGGAGGCCCCAGGGGGCAGGGAGAGUGACAUUAAAGAAGGGCCAGGGAGUCCAGAGGAGAGUGCCAGGGAGGGAAUGGGGAACACAGAGGGGAAUAGCAGGGAAGGGAUAGCAGCCAUGGAGAAGGAGGCAAAGAAAGAGGGCCGAGAGGAAAUUCUCAGGGAGGAACUUAAGAGCACACAUGGGAGGGCCAGAGAGAGGCUGGAGACCAUGGCGGGCAGUGCCAGGGAAGAGCUAGGUGGUCUAGAGGGGGAUCUCAGUGAGGAAAUGGGAGGUACAGGGAGAGAGAUUAGAGAGGAGAUGGAAGUCUUAGAGGAUGUGGGCAUCAAAGAUCUUGCCAGGGAGGGGCUAGAGAACAAGCAGGGAAUUCCCAGGGAAGACAGCGCGGAAGAGGGUGCCGGGGACAGGGAAGGAAGAGUGGGCACUGGAGAGGAGGGUACCAUCAUCUGGGUGGAGCGGGUGGUAAUUACAGAUGAGGAGGAUGAGGUGGCAGCAGCAGGUGCUGAGAUGACAGAGGGCAAUGAGUUGGCAGCAGAGGACAAGAAGAUGGCAGCUGAGAGGAAUGAGGGACCAGUUGAAGAGAAGGAGGGGCCAGCUGAGGGGAGCAGGGGACAUAAGCCUGAGGAGCCAGAGGCUGAGCUGGGAAGCAGGGAGCCAGGGGAAGCCCAGGGCCUGGAGACAGAGCAGAAAGGACAAGAAGAAGAAGAGGAAGAGGAAGAAGAAGAAGAAGAGGAAGAAGAAGAAGAGGAGGAAGAAGGAGGCAGGGAACAGGGACUGCAGGACGUUGUGUUCCCUGGAGACUUGGAGGCUCUCCCAGGUGAUGAAGUGCCGCCCCAGGAUUCCGACCCCCCUCAACUUCCAAGGCGGGACCCAGCCCCCUCCCUGGAGCAGCUCCCUGGCCUUUCAGCUGAGCCUCUGGAGCACCAGCCACUGCUGCCCAGGAUCCACACUGGGGCCCCCUAUCCCAACCCCAGUACCCACUUGGUACCCACCUAUGCCGCUGCACCAGCCCCUGCCAGGCGGCCCGAGCCACAGCAAGAGGGUGAAGAGGCGAGUGGGCCCAAGCAGAAGUCGUGCCAGUGCUGCUCUGUCAUGUGAGCCUUGGGGCAGGAAUCCCAUGCCCCCCUUUGGCUGGCAAAAGGACCUCAAAGCAAGUAUCAGCCAGUAUCACAGUGCACCUUUAUUGGGAAGGGGGUGGAGUGGGGAGACAGGAAGUGAGGACCAGGCCCCUUAUUGGAGUUUGAGGCUCCUACCCCUGCCUGGAUCUCACAGCUACCUCGGCAACUUGGCACAAAUGUUCAGAUUGACCCCCGAAGGGGUGGGAGCUGCCAGAGAGGCAGUCAGUAGCGGGGACAGGCAUCUCUUGGGCACUUGGAAGGUCCUGCCAAGAUAGAACCCUCUGAACCUCUCCUAAUGGCACCAGAGAAGUCAGGAUGGCUGCAGGAUUGUCCAGGAAGAAGCAGGCAUUCUGCCGAGCCAGUUGUGCUCAGUGCCCUGUAGAGAGCCCCCAGGGGUGGGCACUGAACCACACUGCCCAACCCAAGCAGCACCCUUCCCUCACAACUCCUGUCUCUAUGCCUCGGCUGCCUUAAUACUUGAAAAUAAAAUCAACUCAUUAUUGA